GGGUUUUUUUCUUCUAUAAAAGGAGAAUAAGGUUCAAAUAUAUAAAUUAAUUGUGCUGGAGAAAUGUUUUCAAAAGAUGAGAAUGAAUAAUUUCAUCACUAUUAAGGGAAUUUCUUAAAUGAAAAGAGGCAUGGCAAAGGCACAUAUAUUUGGAAAGCUAAUGAACAAAAUGAGAUAGCUAGAUAUUCAGGAUUUUGGCAAAAUAAUUAAUAUCAUGGUUACGGAACUCUAACUCUAAAAGAAGAAAACAUUAUCAUAGAAGGAGAAUUUAGUUUUGGAUAGCCUGUUUUUUAAAAAUGUUAAAUUAAAGGUCCAAACUUACCUUAAUAAACAUUAAAAGAUUAUGUUAUGAAAGAGUAAACAAAGAAAUCUGAAGAAAAUAUAAUUCCUAAACAAUAAUUUAAUGUUAAUCAAUUCUUCUAACCAACAUAAAAUCUCUAAUAAUUUUAGAAAAAAUUUAAUGAACCUUUCAAUUCCAAUGGCUUUCCUUUCAAUCCCAAUAAUUAAGCCCAAUAUUCACGAGAUUUCUAAAAUAAUUAAAAUGCCUUUAAUUAGAACAAUUAUUUUAAAAAAUGA